AUGGAGCGCAAGAACGACAUUUUGAGCGAGUGGGCAAGCAUCCAACUCUUCAACAUGCCCGAUGCUGACCCUGAUCAACGCGCUGAGUUUUUCAAAAUUCUGCGUCAAAAGAAACUCUCCGAAAUGAUAAAAAAAAUCCAGAACCGCGCAGGCAAAGCAAGUAUCCUCCACUGUCGCUGA